AUAAUCCAAAGUUGCUUCUUUUGUCAAAUCUUCAACACCAUAAAGUGUUCCCAAUUCACUUUAACUUUUACUCUAUUGUCAACGCAAAUAACAGAUCCUUUACGAAGCUUCCCCUCCUUCACUUUCCUCUCUUUAUAUACUCCAUUACAUUCUAAUGUCAAAUCCCACAUUAGAAAUUUAUCCAAUUCCUUCUCUCUUUCAUGGCUUCUAAGAGGAAUCUAAAGAGGAAAUUACUUGAUCAACAUCUUGUUUUUCCAUUGGAUGAACUUAAUCAAGAUCUUCUUGAGAGGGUUCUUUCAUGGCUUCCAACUUCAACUUUUCUAAGAUUAACUUCAGUCAGCAAGAGGUGGAAAUCUGCUGCGAAUUCCCCUGUUUUCCACCAUGCUUGCUCUCAAAUUCCAUCAAGAGAACCUUGGUUCUACAUGGUGGAUUCUUCACAAUCGUCUGAAAUCAAGAACCAACAACAAUUUGUUUAUGAUGCUGCUGAAAUGAACUGGAAAUUCCUCACCUACCCAUCUAAUUUUAUUGGAGAAAAGAAGCUUAAUCAGUCGAAUUUCCUCCCUGUCGCUGCUUCUGGUGGCUUACUCUGUUUUCAUAACGGCGAAAAUGAUAGCUGGGAAGACACCGCAAUUCUGAGUAAGAAAUCUCCCACUUGCCCUGCAGCUCAAUUCUGCACUACUGACGAUGAUGACGAUGAUCGAAUGCUCUAUUUCUUGAGCAAAUGUGGGAAUGUAGUAGCAACUGAAAUACAAAAAAACCCAUGUAAGCAAUACUCUUCAAUAACCACCACCACGAAAGGCGAUAGACAAGAAAUCCUCUGUUUCUUGAACUCUUCGGGGAAAGUGGUGGCUUGCAAUCUUACCGAAAAACACUUUUUUGAGUACCCAAGAUUGCUCCCUCUUCAUCACGAGUACUCAAUCGACUUAGUUGAAUGCGGUGGAGAGCUAUUAGCAGUUGUUCUAUCUGAAUUUCUUGAAACAGCUAGUCUCAGGAUAUGGAAAUUUGACGAAAAAGAAUGGGCAUGGAAUCAAGUGUUGACAAUGCCAUCAGCUAUCUCACAUGAGUUUUAUAGCAAGAAAGUGGACAUCAACUGCACAGGAAGUAGUGAACACAUGUUUGUCUGCAUUUCGAAUUCUGGUUCGAGUGAUGAUGAGAGUUGUAGGUAUUUCUUGUGCAAAUUGGCUGAAAAUGAGUGGACUGAAUUGCCUGCUUGUUCUGGGAAAUUCAGCUGUGCUUUCUCUUUUCAGCCAAGGAUUGAAGCUUCAGUGUGAUUACAUCAAGACAAGGAGGAAAAUGUAGAAAAAUUGGGAUUCUUCAUUCUUUUUUUUUUACAUACUUAGUUGUUCCUUUUCACUUUAUUCUUUUAUGAUAUUUUUCUUGUUACUUUGGAAUAUAUUUAUCAUAGUUAAUGAUAUAUUUCUGUUUCUAAAGUGAAUUGAUGUAAUUGCUGAUUUUUUUUUAAUUUAAAAGGGUCUUUAUUGGUGUAUGGAGAAAAGUGUGUUAAGAUGGGCAUCUUAGUAGUUCUUGGAACUUUGAACUUUAUUGGGAUAUUUGAGAUAAUUUUGUGUGUGCCCAUCUAGAUUGAAAGAAACACAAGGAUAUUUGAGAAGACAUUGAAAAGUUGUGGCAAAUGAGACUGCCUAUGCAUCAUAUGAGUAUGCCUCACCUGGAGUUAGAACUACACUUCAAUCCAAGCAUUGUUUCACAAUGUAUCUAUUGUAUUGUAUGGUAAUGUAUGCAGAAUUUUACUGAUA